UGGUGUUUUGUGAUGCUCCCAAAAGGUGACGCGAUCGGUCUGACUGACCAAUAGCGCUCCAUAAAUUAGCAUACGGUUAUAAAGGCUGAGGUGAUCCGUGCGCGCACACAACCUGACGAGAAAGAGCAACCGAGCUGAGAAACUUCAUACCAAAAGCUUGGACAUCACCACUGUUAUGAUGGAGAACUCCAAACUGAGUCAAAGAGAAAGUGAAGCCUCAUCGAGCAACGAUACGGCCUUAAAUGGAAUCUUGGACGGGAUGGAGAAGAUGCCGAAGUGGAACGGAGCACCCAAAGAUAUGCCCAAAGGUGAGAAACCCACUAGCAAGGGCAUCACCCGAGCUCCAUGUUCGUCUGUGAUGGAGAGCUGGAAGGAAGAGCGGACCCGGAGCGUGGAGGAUAACGAGAUGAGCCUGCCGAGCAUCACCGCCGCUUACACCACCAUCCUCAGGGGUCUGGGAGAAGAUCCGCAGAGACAAGGCCUGCUGAAGACGCCGCACCGGGCAGCCACGGCCAUGCAGUUCUUCACAAAGGGUUAUCAGGAGAAAAUUAUAGAUGUUCUGAACGAUGCAAUUUUCGAUGAAGACCACGAUGAGAUGGUGAUUGUGAAGGACAUCGACAUGUUCUCCAUGUGUGAGCACCACCUCGUCCCCAUCUUCGGCAAAGUCCACAUCGGCUACCUGCCGAAUAAAAGGGUGCUCGGACUCAGCAAACUGGCAAGGAUCGUCGAGAUCUACAGCAGAAGAUUGCAAGUUCAGGAACGCCUCACCAAACAGAUCGCCGUCGCCAUCACUGAAGCUCUACAGCCUGCCGGAGUCGGAGUGGUCGUCGAGGCAACUCACAUGUGCAUGGUGAUGCGAGGUGUGCAGAAGAUGAACAGUAAAACGGUGACGAGCACCAUGCUGGGCGUUUUCCGCGAGGACCCCAAAACCAGAGACGAGUUCCUCACAUUGAUCCGGAGCUGAGACGAGCCAUGUGUAUAGAUCAGACAUCCUUCUUCGACAUGUCCAUCCCUCAGCAUCAUGUUGUUUGUACAUUGGCCUCUAAAUGAGGCUGUGCUGCUGUUGAGUGUGUUCUACACAGAGGUGGAUAUGGGACCUCUGUUAAACCAUCCAUCCUAGUGUUUGUGUGUGUGUGUGUGUGUGUGUGUGUGUGUGUGUGUGUGUGUGUGUGUGUGUGUGUGUGUGUGUGUGUGUGCGCGUUCAAAUCAUUCAUAGGUCCGUGGAUUCAAAUUCUAUUACAGCCAACAGAUUUUUAUUGUCGUAUCAUGUUUAGAUAAACUAGAUCAAACAUUUUAACCACUUAUUUUUAUUCAUUUAUAAGAUCCAUUAAUCCAAAACCACUUAGGAACAAGAUAGUUCAAGCACCAAAAUAAGCCAGUGAGGAAUACAAAUGUCACCCAACGUCCCAAAACCGACUUCCACAGCAACCACUGCCGUGUUUUUAUCAAAGCAUUUGUGACCUGACUGGCAUUAAAGCUGCAAUAUGUAACUUUAUUUUCCGGAGAAAAAAAAAGCGAAUGAAUCAGUUAUUGUAUAAAAAGAAUGUGUUGAUAUCUUAAAAAAAAAUAUAUUACUAUACUGUGUAUAUAAUCUAAUUUAAUGUUUAAUUCAGACAAUAGUGAUGUAAUAAGUAAAUGUCCUCUUUGUUUUUAAUUAUGGUAGUAAUAAUAAUAAUAAUAAUAAUAAUAAUAAUAAUAAUAAUAAUAAUAAAUAGAAGAAUCAAAGUCAUAAAAUAAAGGAUGUCAUGAAAUACAGGAAAGCAUAGAGAACACGCACAAGACAUUCUGAUUGGUUUAAACUGAUUGAGAUAAGACAUUCUGAUUGGAUUAAACUGAUAGGGAUUAGACAUUCUGAUUGGCUUAAACUGAUAGGGAUUGGACAUUCUGAUUGGCUUAAACUGAUAGGGAUUGGACAUUCUGAUUGGAUUAAACUGAUAGGGAUUAGACAUUCUGAUUGGCUUAAACUGAUAGGGAUGAGACAUUCUGAUUGGUUUAAACUGAUAGGGAUGAGACAUUCUGAUUGGCUUAAACUGAUAGGGAUAAGACAUUCUGAUUGGCUUAAACUGAUAGGGAUAAGACAUUCUGAUUGGCUUAAACUGAUAGGGAUAAGACAUUCUGAUUGGUUUAAACUGAUAGGGAUGAGACAUUCUGAUUGGCUUAAACUGAUGGCCUGAAAAAAUAAACAGAUUUGAAUCCGAUCUUAAACACGCAAAAUGUUUCUGCAGUUUAACCAUUUUCAGUUUCCUUUGUAAUCCCAGGUCAGAGUAUCGAAACCAUGGUGUCAUUUUUGUCACAUGUCCGUGAGUGAGGUGUGUAGUUUGAUCAUCACCCAGUCUGUAUUAACUCUGUAAUUUGUAACUGAUGAACCACACUGCUAAAGAGCCACAUAGUUGUGUACUUUGUGUAAUAGUGUUACUAGAGCCUCCUACACAUGCUGUAUCGUAGGCCAUCAGUGUUCGUCCUGCCUCUAGUACAGCCAUCAUCUUCUUUCUUUUUUCCUUUGUUGAAUAAGGAGCAAAGUGUGAAGUUUAAUAUAAAAAUGAAACGAUCUCAGCUUUGAUGUCUUUGUCCGCAUCACAGCAUUGUUGAUCCAAGAAAUUGUAGAUGGAAACCAUAGGGUCAAAGAAUACAGAUUACUACUUGAAUAUUUCUAGACAUAUAAAGCAUAGCAUAUAGUUACUUUAAUAACAUAUAGAGAAAUUCUAUACUGUGUUCUCAUCAGAACACAGAUGAUGUAUUAGAGUAGUUUGAUCUUUUUUUGUGUGUGUUUAAAUGAUCUAUUCAGAAGAAUGGAUACAUAAUGGUUGAUAUUCGUGUGUGUGCGUGUGUGUGUUUUACGUAAAUGUAAGCAAGAAAGCGAGCACUUAACAUUAGCGCUCCAGUACUGUUCACGUGGCCUUCUUCACCAGGACUCAGUCCUGUAUACACAUCAGUGUUCAUUUACAGCAAAACGAUGUUAAGUUAAUAAGAAAAUAAAUUAAGUUUCAAAAUC